AUCCGCCCCGACGAGACCUUCGGUCCGCGUCUCGACACAUACUGCGCCAACCGGGGCAAGAGGUACGGUGUGCACUGGAUGUUCGUCUAUCGCUACCAGGCCAGCACCCAACAAAACCCUGAGCAGGAAAUGCAGAUCACCCUAACUUGGGACAUGACUCCGAACGACGUCAAGGACGACGACUUCCCUGGUGUCGCUAUGCGAAACCUGGACACCAUCUACGUAAUGAAGGCAAAGCCCUUAGCAUCGAGUGAGACUGACAGGAUCAUAAGCGACGGUGGUGCCGUGCGGUCUCCCGGUCCUCAAGUCAGCCAUCAAGAAGUGGACAUCACCAACGGUGAGACCACAUUCUACCAGAACCCCAACGUAAGUCGCCAAUGGUACCAAGCCGUUGAGCAAGAC